CCACAUGGUCUUCCACCUCCUCCUCAGACCAAAGCAGAUUCAACGAACAUGCUCCUGAAACUGCAAGACUCUUCCAUAUUCUCUCCCUUGUUCACCCUCCCAAGCUUCUAAUCAUGAACAGAAUAGAGUCUACCAAUUGAAAAAAUCAAAUAGAUCGAUAUAAUUUCACACGCAAUAAUCCAACAAAUUCUCUUGAAAAAAUGUCAAAUUUCCCUGAUGCGGUGGCCGAUGGCCGGAGGUCCGGCAAGGCACCGGAGAAGUCCAAUUUUUCUCAGACUUGCAGCCUCUUGAGCCAGUUCUUGAAGGAGAAGCGUACUUCUGGAGCUUCCACUCUCGGAGUUGGUUCUAAAAUGGAGCCUAGAGUAGGUACCAAGGAUUUUCUAGCCAGUAUUCAUAAUUCAGAUGGAGCUUUGAGACUAAAUUCUGCGGCUAUGGAUUCCCUUCCCCAGCUUGUGGAAAAUCCCUGCAUCAAGAAGUCUAAUAUUAGGUCAUUGGAACCUGAAACUCCACAAUUGACUAUAUUCUAUUCCGGAAAAAUGUUGGUAUUUGAUGCCUUUCCACCAGACAAGGCCACAGAGGUAAUGGAGUUAGCCACCAAGUUAGCCUCGAACAGUUCCAUUGUCGAACAAAGCCAGCCCAGUGCUUCGGUUGCGACUGAAAAUUUGAGUAAAGACAAAGUGCCGCAGACAAAUAAUGCCUCUGAAACUCCUAGGCCAGGAAAGCAAGCUGUUGGUUCCGAUAUGAGGUAUCCAAGGAGAGCUUCACUUGUAAAAUUUCUUGAGAAGAGAAAAGAAAGGGUCAUUGCUAGAGGACCUUACCAAGUAAACAACCCAAAUCCCAAGCCUGAGGGUAGCAGUUCCGGCGGCGAACCUUACCCGGUAAACAGCCCGAAUUCGAAGCACGAGGAAGGCAGUUCAGGGGUUGUACCUGAAGAUCAGUCCUCCAAACACUUUGACCUUAACUCAUAGUGGCAUAGCUCAUGGUGAAUUUAGGUUAUACUGAGAGACUUGGACAGCCAAAAGCUCCUCCUAACUACAUGAUUAUAGUCCUUUUGCCGGUUAUUGGGGGCCUUUAUACAUAUAUAUAUAUUUAUAAUAUAAAUCUGUAUCUAUUGUUUUCAUCAGUUAGGUCCAAUGUCCUGGACCAAACCAGAAAAGAAAAUUAGUUUUUUAUUGUUACCCGAGAUUGAUUUAGUUCAGAAAAUUUCAAGUA